AUGUUGAAUCGUUCGUUGAAGCUUUCAAAACGCAUGUAUCAUGCCAAUGCUUCCGAUUUUCUGAAACCUACCACUCUUGGCUCCCUCGUCUAUGGGAAGGAUUCAAUGCAGUACAAAGUACUUUCACAUGCGAUGGAUGUUUCUGUUCCUAUCUAUGGUUUCAACGAGAGAGCCAUAGUGCAUUCCUUGAAUGUGCUGAAGUUACCGUCCUCGAUGUUGAGUGUGAUCAGCUCUUCGAAUCCGCCAUCUUUCCUGCACUCUUCGCCUGCACUGAUGGAGCUCAUCAAGUUCCAUCUUGUGGACAAGAGGUACAAGACGGUGGCAGGGAUCGAUCCUGAGGCUGCUGAUGAAGAAUUGCCGUCAUUGGAAAGCUUGCUCCUGAAGAGACUUAAACUCAACGCACCAAUAGCAAGCCGCCUGUCACAGGUUCUUUCGCAGUUAGCCAUUCCAGGUCCGUUUCUGCUUAAUAAUGCGCUACCGGAACUACACAGGCUCUCAGAUGAUCUUCUUUAUUUCUCCAAUGAGAAAGACCACACGGACUUUGCGUGGUACUCGAAGAGGCUGGCCAUCAGUUGCACCUACGUGAGCAGUGAACUGUUCAUGAGCCAGGAUAAGUCCGCAGACUUCAGCCAGACUUUUGAGUUUGCCCAAGAAAAACUUCACCGUGUGAUGAAAUUGGGCGAAUACUACAAUAAUACUGAAGAAUUUACUUGGUAUACUAUGCUAAGUGCUGUCAAUUUAGCUAAAUCACAACUGGCAAGAGGCUAA